AUGGGUACCCUCCACCUCUUUAGGGGCCCCCCGGAGGCCCCCGAGGGGCCCCCAGAGCAGCGAGAAGCUCUGCGGAAGCCAGAGAGGACGGAAGAUGGAAGGGAGACAAUGAAAGGAGAAAAGGAAUCAAAAGAAUUAAAAGAAUUAAAAGAAUUAAAAAGUUCAAAAAAGACAGAAAAUGGUUUUGCUGCUGCUGUGGACUUUUGUGGGGUUUUUGAAGAGAUAAAGGAAUUGACCAAAGAGGCACCUGAGGCUUUUGGUCUUUUGCUGUUUGACAGAUUUGUUGCAGCUCCAAUUGAAAGCAUCUUUUUGGGUUCUCGCCUCGAAAUAGAAACCCCAAAUUGUGGCUGCCGCAUUGCCUUUGAGGGGCACAUAUUGCGGCCAGUGCAGCUGGGGGCCCCCCCGGGGGCCCCCGCGGGCCCCCCCCCGGGGGCCCCCCAGGGGGCCCCCCGGGGGGCCCCCAAAGGCGGGCCCCAGGGGGGCCCUUCCAGGGGCCCCCAGGGGGCCCCCAGCUGCAGCAGCCGCGAGCAGCUUCCACAAGGCAGAGGCCGGGAGAGCAGCAGCGCCGCGCAGCCCAAGACGAAGGCGCAGACUGCAGCAGCAGCAGCAGCAGCAGCAGCAGCAGAGAGCCCGCUGCCGCUUGCUGCGCUGCGCAUAGUGCGCCGCAAGUGGAGAGUGGGGGCUGUUGAGAGGCUUAUUCCGUCGGGCCCCACAGAUGCGUGCGUUUGUGCAUGCGCAUGCAGCCCCACAGACUCCCGCGGUGUCUCUGCACCUCCGGGUGUAUCGACAGCUCCGGGGGUAUCUGCAGCUCCAGGUAUAUCUGCAGCUUCGGGUGUAUCUGCAGCUUCGGGUGUAUGCACACCCCGAGGGGCACUCCGCAAGACGCAGCAGCAGCAGCAGCAGCAGCAGAGAGAAAGGAAGCACAGAAGAGGCAAAAAAGAAAUAAAGAUGGGCAGAAAAAGAAGAAAAUAA